AUGACGCUGUCCUUAUUCACAGGAAGGCUGCAGGCCACAGUCCAGGGCAUAUCCCUGCCAUCACAUGCCCUAGAUGUGUGGCUCCGGGAGAAGAUCCAAUUUAUCCGAACUGAAGGGACUCCAGGACUGGUGCGGCUCUCCAGCGAUGCAGACCUGGUCAUGCUGCUCAGCUUGUUUGAGGAGGAGAUCAUGUCCUACGUGCCGCCACAUGCCUUACUGCAUCCCAGCUACUGUCAGUCCCCGCGCGGCUCCCCCGUGUCAUCUCCUCAGAACUCACCAGGUACCCAGCGUGCAAAUGCCCGGGCUCCGGCCCCAUACAAGCGGGAUUUUGAAGCCAAACUGAGGAACUUUUACAGGAAGUUGGAGACAAAAGGAUAUGGGCAAGGCCCGGGGAAGUUAAAGUUAAUCAUCCGAAGAGAUCACUUGCUUGAAGAUGCUUUUAAUCAGAUUAUGGGCUACUCCAGAAAAGACCUUCAGAGAAACAAGCUCUACGUCACCUUCGUCGGGGAGGAAGGGCUGGAUUACAGUGGACCUUCCAGAGAGUUUUUCUUCCUGGUAUCCAGAGAACUCUUUAACCCAUAUUAUGGCUUAUUUGAAUAUUCAGCCAAUGACACGUACACUGUACAAAUAAGUCCCAUGUCUGCCUUUGUAGACAAUCACCACGAAUGGUUCCGGUUCAGUGGGAGGAUCCUGGGCCUGGCGCUCAUUCACCAGUACCUGCUGGAUGCCUUCUUCACCCGGCCCUUCUACAAGGCCCUCCUGAGGAUCCUGUGUGACCUGAGUGACCUAGAGUACCUCGACGAAGAGUUCCACCAGAGCCUGCAGUGGAUGAAGGACAAUGACAUCCACGACAUCCUGGACCUCACCUUCACCGUGAACGAGGAAGUGUUUGGGCAGAUUACCGAGCGAGAGCUGAAGCCAGGGGGAGCCAACAUCCCAGUCACAGAGAAGAACAAGAAGGAAUACAUCGAGCGGAUGGUGAAAUGGAGGAUUGAAAGGGGCGUAGUACAGCAGACAGAGAGCCUGGUGCGCGGCUUCUACGAGGUGGUAGAUGCCAGGCUAGUGUCUGUCUUUGAUGCAAGAGAGCUGGAGCUGGUCAUCGCAGGCACAGCCGAAAUCGACCUGAGUGACUGGAGAAACAACACAGAGUACCGUGGAGGUUACCAUGACAAUCAUAUCGUCAUUCGGUGGUUCUGGGCCGCAGUAGAAAGAUUCAACAAUGAGCAACGACUAAGGUUGUUACAGUUUGUGACAGGCACAUCCAGCAUUCCCUAUGAAGGAUUUGCUUCUCUCCGAGGGAGCAACGGCCCCAGAAGGUUCUGUGUGGAGAAGUGGGGGAAGAUCACUGCUCUUCCCAGAGCCCACACUUGCUUCAACCGCCUGGACCUUCCCCCAUACCCGUCCUUUUCCAUGCUUUAUGAGAAGCUCUUGACAGCCGUGGAAGAGACCAGCACAUUUGGCCUCGAGUGACCUGAAGGCACAACACCCAGCUCUGCAUGGACAGGUGAUUCCAGAACUGCCUUCUAGAAGGACAAUGGAUCAUUGGUGGUUUCAGAAGUGCACUGCCUGGAGGGUAAAGCUGAGAGCUGCUGUUUCCAGGAACACCAGCACUGUCACUUUGGACACAGGGGAGUUUGAGGUCCAGGGAGCAACCCAGCAGUCUUGCAAUCAUAGUUCUUACCUGCCAACCUUUUUCCAUGUGUUAUGUUCCAAGACAAAGAUGAACCACAUGUGAGCGGGUCCAGGGUCAUUCUAGGCCCUUGGGAGAGCCUCAAGCUCACUCUUGAUUGUGACUGAAGCCAAACUGGCAGCCUUGGCCACACUCCAAAUUAGUGCAAGUUAAAGAAUAUAGUAAAACAAAUCUAUGUCCUGAAAGUACAUCCAUGUGAGCCCCAAGUUAUAACAGAAUAUCCACUUCCUGCUCAUGCGUGCCUGCAUGUGUGCACCAUAGGUUUCAGCUCUUACGGGAAACGGGGCAAAUGAAACCACGUCCACCAAGAUAGCUUCACAGACUUGCAACAGGGUGACUGUGACAAUGUAUAUGCAAGUGUUAUGUGUGUCACUACGGCUGAAGACAAACCGUUGCUCAAUGAAUUACUGAUGACAGAUCUUAUGCUUUAUAAUGCAUGAAAACAAUUUUAAAAUAACUAGCAAUUAAUCACAGCAUAUCAGGAAAAAGUACACCGUGAGUUCUGUUUAUUUUAUGUAGGUUCAUGCUAUUUACAUUCUUUAAGAUGUAUAUAAGGGCCUACCUGUCACACCGUCUGUGUCACUCAUCCCAUUUCCAUGGCCCGUGCUUAUGCGGGUGUCAUGUUAAUGUGUGUCCUUUUAAGCACUCUCAAGGGAACUAAACAACCUUUUAUUUUUAUAAAGGUAAGAAAAAAUUCCCCGAAAUAUUUUGCUUUGAAUGUACCAAAGGUGAAGGGACAUGACAAUAUGACCAACAGCAGUGCCAUCACUUGACACGUACAGUAGAAAAUCGCCUCUAAAUCGGCAUCCCUCACAGGGCCGUGGCCACGCUGCAAGGACUGUGCAUCUGAGUAAUAACUUUCUAAGAUUCACUAUAUGUGAUAGUAUGAUAUGCAUUUAUUUAAAAUGCAUUAGACUCUCUUCCAUCCAUCAGAUACUUUACCGGAUGGCAUUUAAUACAGAUCUUUCGUAUUCCCCCCGGGUUUUUAUUUGUACAGCGUCAUCCAACACUAUGCUCAGUUAGGAGAGAUCAGUUGUAAGAAUUCCACAUUCCCUCAGCAGCGAAGACAUCAGGGUGGAAACUCGCAGUACUAUAUUUCUAAGCCUGCAUUUUCACUGAUGCAUAAUUUUCUUAUUAAUAUUAAGAAACAAUUUUUCUAUGGUAUCUCCAAAACGGCAUGACUCACCUUAUUUCUGCGUAACUUUGUGAGAGGGUGUCCUUCAUCUCAAUUGCUGUUGGGAUUACUCCAUGUCAUUGCUAAUUUCUCCACUUAAGGCCAUAACUCAUCAGAGGUUCAACAGAGUGAUGUUAAAUUGGGACAGAGAAAAGCUUGGCAGGUGGUUUGCCAGCCUGUGGGGUUUAUGGGCAUUGCCCAAACAUUUCUUUGAGAAUUACAUAUAUAAGCAGCCAUGGAAUUCCUUCAUGACACGCUGGCAAUCUUACAUCUCUUAGAGGUCACCCUCAUAACUCUCACAGGUGGUUUUGUAAGAGGUGAUUGCUCUCCAUUAGCUAAGCUGUGUUUAUGGUUGAGAUCUUCGAGAAGAACACCAUUAGGCUGCACCCCUGCGCUAAUGGUACCAUGGGUGGGGAUACGUUUUUUAAAAAGUCUGUAGAAACAAGAAAGGAAGAUGUAUUUGUGUUACUAUAAUUGGACCAGACAAAAACAGAAGAGAAAAAUAUUUUAACUGGAAAUGUUAGUUUGUACUUAUGGAUUAUGAAUACAAGUAUAUAUUUUAUUUUGCAAACUGUUUUCACUUGUUUGUGUUCUUUUCAUUAUAAGGAAAAAUAGUAUAACACACUUUAAAAAAAAGAAUCGCAUUUUUGAUGGUAUGUAAGAGGUUACAGAGCUGGCAUUCUCUAAGCAGCAGAUACAGAGGGCUGCAUUUCUUUCAAAAAAUACAUUCAUAGACCAUGUUAGCUUUCAUUUUGGUUUGAGAUACUUUGUUACAUUAUUCCAUAUUCUUAGUUAAAAGAGAAUUGAAAUAAAAAUAUAUCUCUUUAAUUA